AUGACGACGCGAAAAAAGCUAUCGAGCCCAACUCUCUACGCUAUCGCAUGGGUCGCUGCAUUGCCUAUCGAGCGGGCAGCGGCAACCGCUCUCCUCAAUCAUCGUCAUGAAGAACCGGACGCUUUCGAUCAGCACGCCAACGAUGCCAACGCCUAUGAUUGGGGAGAAGUCGGGCAGCACAAUGUGGUGAUUGCUUCACUUCCUACAGGAGUAUACGGCACAACCUCAGCUGCAAUCACAGCAUCCCACCUAUUAUCUUCACUUCCUCAUAUUAGGAUCGGCCUGCUUGUGGGCAUCGGUGGCGGCAUUCCCCGUCCUGGUCGAGACAUACGGCUUGGAGAUAUCGUUGUUAGUCAGCCUGAUGGGCAGAACGGCGGCGUGGUGCAGUAUGAUCUGGGCAAGGCCAAAGUCAACCAGACCUGGGAGCAGAAAGGUGCUCUCAACAUGCCCCCUCCAGUGCUUCUCAACGCACUUGGGAAAUUACAGGCUGAGCAUGAAAUCGAAGAACCAAGGAUCAUAGAUCUUCUCCAAGGACUUAUCAGCAAAUAUCCGCGAAUGAAGAAGCAUUAUGUCCACCAAGGCGAGGAGAACGACCGUCUUUUCUCACCAGACUAUGAGCAUACUGGUGGUAAUACCUGUGAUGCAUGCGAUUCAUCCCAAGAAGUCGAGAGAGCCCAGAGGGAAACAACGGACCCAGAGAUACACUAUGGCACAGUGGCAUCUGGCAACACUUUGGUCAAAGAUGCUGCUGUUCGAGACAUCAUCUUACGACGGGUCGGCGAAGAAUGCCUAUGUGUCGAGAUGGAGGCGGCUGGCUUGAUGAAUACCUUCCCGUGCCUUGUUAUCAGGGGCAUCUGCGACUACGCCGACUCGCACAAGAAUGACCGUUGGCAACGGUAUGCCGCUGCCACGGCUGCUGCAUUUGCAGUGGAACUACUUGGAUGUGUACGAGCAAGGCAACUCGAGGAAACGCCGAGUGCUCGGGAGCUUAUGAAAUCAAUUGCCACGGUUGAUCACAAGAUUACACAUUUAAAGGAGUCAAUGGACUCAUCCUACUCAAAGAUGGUCCUCGACCGGCUCCCAACCGCCGCAGGGGCUGCCCACGAUUCUUCUGAUAGUUGGCUCCAAGCAACUUGUCUGGAAAACACUCGAGUCGAUGUCUUGCGUGAGAUUUACGAUUGGGCCAGUGAUCCAGACUCGAACUCGACCACCCUGUUCUGGCUUAACGGCAUGGCUGGUACAGGGAAAUCGACCAUAUCCCGAACUGUCGCCCAACGCUUAGCCGAGUUGGGCACCCUCGGAGGAAGCUUUUUCUUCAAGAAAGGCGAGACUGACCGAGCCAAUCCUUCCAAGCUGUUCACCACCUUAGCUGCUGGUCUGUCGAGGUGGCAGUCGGCCGUGUCUCAAUACAUCGGGGAGGCCAUCGAUCAGAAUCCUCAGAUAUUUGACCAAAUGCCUCAUCAGCAAUUUUCGAAGCUCAUCCUGGAGCCUCUAUCCCAGGCCACGCUGUGUUCUGGAAAGCCCGUUAUCUUCGUCAUUGAUGCUCUCGACGAGUGCCAGCAUCAUUCCAUCACCAGCAUUAUCACCGAUGUCCUCCCCCGAGCUCGCGGUCUACGUCAUCCUCGAUUGAAAUUCUUCUUGACCAGUAGGCCCGAACUGCCCAUCCAAGCCGGUUUCCCAAGUGUUGACCGGAAAAACACUUACCGAGACAUGAUCUUACAAAAUGUGCCUCAUGAUAUCAUCCGGAAAGAUCUCGAGACGUUUCUCAGGGGAACCAUUGAACAGAUUCGAAUUCGCUACAACGAUGGCUCUAGUAGGCUGCCCCCAACCUGGCCCGGGAAAGACGCAAUACAACAGCUUGUUAAUAUGGCCACGCCGCUCUUCAUUGUCGCGUCAACUGUGUGUCGUUUCAUAGAGGACCGACGUCUUGGGAGUCCGAAGCGACAGAUGGACACAAUUCUUGCUGUUAAGGAUCGGACGCAUGCGUCGAUGCUAGAUCAGAUGUACCUGGCUGUCCUCAGCCAACAAUUCGAGAGCAGUCCGAACAGUUACACGUCGCACCAGAAGAGUCGGAUUGUCGAAGAGUUCCGCCUCAUCGUCGGCUCCAUUAUCCUACUUUCAAUUCCUCUCACAAUACCGGUGUUGGCACAGCUACUCCACGGUAACCAGCACAUCAGUGACUUCCAAGAGACUAUAGAAAACAGGUUAGAGCUUCUACACUCGGUCUUGAGCGUCCCCCCGCCUUCAGAGCGUCUUGAUUCCCCUAUCAGGGCUCUACACUUAUCCUUUCGGGACUUUCUCCUGGAUGGCGAACGUCGGGAUGUCAACCCGUUCUGGGUGGACGAAGCCAAAGCUCAUCUAGUUCUUAUUGAGAGCUGCCUGAGGGUAAUGCGAACUAGUUUGCGCGAGAACAUAUGCGAAUGGAGCGACCCAGGGACCGAAAAGACUUGGAUUAAUCAGGAAGAAGUGAAUUAUUGUCUACCUCCACACGUUCAGUAUGCAUGUCUGCAUUGGAUUGACCACGUGGAGCAAGCACACAUUGAUUCAGUCGCUGGAAUGGUAAUCCUUGAAUUUCUUGAGAUGCAUCUACUUCACUGGCUUGAGGCCUUGAGCUUCCUGAACCGAGUUUUGGAAAGCGUGGUAAUGGUUGAGAGACUGAAUAGUGCUACCCAGGAUGCAGGGCUCCCCCAGCUGUGCGAGCUUCUCUCCGAUUCGGUUCGGUUCACAGGCGCAUAUGCUAGGGCGAUCGACCUCGCUCCUCUGCAGGUCUACUCAUCGGCCCUUGUUUUCGCACCACUCAAGAGCCGGAUACGCACCGUUUUCCACGCCCAGAUUCCGGACUGGAUCUCCAUUGAAUCUCAAGUAGAGGAUGACUGGAGCGACUGCCUCCAGACACUCAGGAACCCGCGCCAUGAAGGCUGGGUCUCACACCUUUCUUUUUCACCCGAUUCCAAACUCCUGGCAUCCAUAUCAGGGGGUUAUGUGGUAUCUAUCUGGGAUGUCAAGACUGGUGUCAAGGUUUUAGACACGGAAAGUGAAGUCGCCCUUUUCGGAAGAGUGAACUCGGUGACCUUCUCAACUGAUUCAACCCUGCUUAUUGUCGUUUCAUUCGCACAGAUACAGGUCUUGAGGGUUGUGACUGGGGAAUGUGUUUACCAUCUCUGUCACCCUCGGAGCAAUGUCACUUCUAUGAGCCUAUUGAGUCAACAUCUGAUAGCAUCUGGAUCAGGCAUGGGAGAUAUACGAAUUUGGGAACUGGAGACUGGUCGGCUUGUGUCGAAACUUGGAGGGCACCAUAGGCCAGUCAGGGCCUUUGCUGUCUCUGCAGAUGCAAAGCUACUGGCAUCUGGAUCAGAUGAUGGAACAGUUAUGAUCUGGCAGGGGGAUAACUGGAUCCAUGCCAAGACACUGUUAGCACCAGAGGGCGGUGCCAUUUCCAGGAUGGCGUUCUCCACUGAUUCAAACUUGAUCGCAGUGGCAGUCUCCUCGCUUUCAGACGACAAACCAACAACGAAGUUGGUCACGGAGCUGCCUCUGCUAACCUUUACUACGCCGCUCUCCUUACCUGAGUCGAUGCCGUCCAAGGACUGGGAAUUGAGCGCCUCGCCGCACUCGGGGGCGGCACCGGCAACGUCCUCGGACACGGUCAUUAUGGAUGACAUGAAGUGCCCAGGCGAUGACAUGGUGGGUAAAAUCGUCAUCUUUUCGAUCGAAUCAUGUCAACCAAUCCAGUCACUAUGCAAAUACCAUCGCUCGCCGGACCUGAUGUUUCGUUCCGGGUCGGUAUUGGUGGCCUCAGACCCCAAUACCCUGGCAAUGUCUACUUGGCAGGCUGAUACAGGUCAGUUAUUGCAUGAGGUGCUAGAUGAUCCGAGGCGCAUCUUGACCGUCACUGCACUAUCCAGCGAGCCAGUAGUCAAGAUUUCUGCAUACUUGAAUAUGACGGAGAUUUGGUAUACUGAUUCUGGGGAGUGCCGACCACGUCGCAUUUUGACGGACGAUAGUAUUACUGGAUCAACUGCAGUCACCAUCUCGGCUGAUCUGAAGCUGAUAGCGUUUGCAACGAUAGACGGCGACGUCAGGGUCUCUCAAGUCAGUCUAGCCAAGGACGACUGUCCGCAGUUGCAAACACUAAGGAGCAAAGAGGUGAUCGGGGCUCUCUCUCCAGAUUUUAGCCUACACGCAUCCUUUGAUUUCGAAAUGUCGAACUUGAGGAUUCGGGAAACGGUUACGGGAAGAUGCCAGCAUGAAUUCAACAACAAACACUCUCAUGACCCGGUUAUCUUUUCGCCUGACUCCAAAAGCGUGCUCUUAGUGGAAGAGAGGGUGUCGGUUUGGAACAUCGAAACCGGCAGGCAAUUACUAGAAUUUGGAAGAUCCGUGAAAGAUGGGCGCCUCUAUAAGGCAGCAUUCUCGCCAACAUCGGAGCUAAUUGCAAUAUGCGACUGUGGAACUAUACAAAUCUGGCAAGUUGCCACGAGAAAAUGCAUCCGAACGCUGAAGGCCUUUUCUCAAGAGCACACCCCAUUGUUGUCAUUCUCAUCUGAUUCCACAUGGUUAGGAGUAUACUAUGGAGGAAUCGUCGAAUUAUGGGAUAUCUCUACGAGGUGGCAUGUGCGAACGAUCCGCAAGCCAUCGGGCGAGGAAUGGGACAUCAGGUGUCUGGCCAUUUCAUCACACGCAAAACUGGUCGCAAUGGCAUCAGAUCGUGGCGUGGUCUGGAUUUGGCAGGUCGAUACUGGUAAGCUCCUCGGCUCAUGGGAUACUGGCGUCCCGAGCUCUCGACUAUCAUUCGAAAAUGGUGAUACACAGCUUCUCACUAAUUCCGGUCUCAUUGGCAUCAACUUAGCCCGGGUGGUUGAGCACGAAACUAUGAGUACUGAGUCAAUAUUCCCCGCAAACCCCGUAGAACUGUCACCCGUGCUCUCGAAGGAGGAGGAUGACGCCUUGUUUAGGGUUUUUGGGGGGAAAAUUGGGAUUGGAAUAGACUGGAGCGGGAACUGGAUCACUUGGAAUGGCCGACCCUUCCUUCUCACUCCUAUCGAGCAUACCAAACAACAUGUCGAAGUUCACGGGUCAUCAGUCCUUCUCAGGCCCACCUCAGUCUUUCUCAGGGCCACCUCAGGGAGGCCUAUGGUUAUCACAUUCAACCCUCAAAAGCUCACAAACCUGUUUCCAUCUUAA